CAUAUCUUCCUUGAAAGAAAAAAAGAACCACAGCAUCCACCGGUCAUACACCUCACCGAACCACACAAACCACAUUGACAUUGCAGUAAAUGGGAUAGUUCAUGCUUUCCCUCGCUUCUACCCUUUUAGCAUAUCAUUCAUAUUCCAUAUUAAGCACAAAACAUAACCCCGUCAAUUAUGGUACUCCACAAUUCACAUCACACGCUAAAUUCCAAAUAUGUCAGUAAAAUAGUAGAAAUAGAAAUCACGAUCACGAGUACACACUGCCACAAUUACACCACAAGAUGAUAAGAACCGCGAACCCAACAACCCUUCCAGAAUUAUUAUUAUUAUUAUUAUUUUAAUUUCACUACUCUCUAACAACGUUAUAUCUCAUGCUUUUAAGCGACACUUUAACACACCUCACCAUCACGUUACAAAACCCUCUUUUCUUUCAGACAUUUUCGCAAACACCUUAUAGAUAUUGAAAUAAUAAAACCGUUUCUCCACAACUUAGAAGGAGAGGGGAAAGGAUGAGUUUCAGGGAAGAUAGCGGAGAUGGAAGGGACCUUCAAAAACCGUUCCUUCAUACGGGAAGUUGGUAUAAAAUGGGUUCCAGACAAUCGAGUGUUAUGGGGUCCACCACUCAGGUUAUUCGCGAUGGUUCUGUUUCCGUUCUCUUUUGCGUCCUCAUCGCUGCUUUGGGUCCCAUUCAAUUUGGUUUCACGUGUGGAUAUUCUUCUCCGACGCAACAAGCUAUAAUCAAAGAUCUGAAUCUCACGGUUUCAGAGUUUUCUCUGUUUGGAUCUUUAUCCAAUGUGGGUGCCAUGGUGGGAGCUAUUGCCAGUGGUCAGAUAGCAGAAUACAUAGGACGCAAAGGGUCAUUGAUGAUUGCUGCAAUUCCCAAUAUAAUAGGGUGGCUAGCCAUUUCUUUUGCCAAAGACUCCUCCUUUUUGUUUAUGGGGAGGUUGUUGGAAGGUUUUGGCGUUGGGAUUAUCUCUUAUGUGGUGCCUGUUUAUAUAGCUGAGAUAGCACCUGAGAACAUGAGAGGUAGCCUUGGAUCAGUGAACCAGCUCUCUGUUACAAUUGGAAUAAUGCUGGCUUAUCUGUUGGGCCUUUUUGCCAACUGGAGAGUGCUUGCAAUUCUAGGGAUUCUGCCUUGUACAGUAUUAAUACCUGGAUUAUUUUUCAUACCAGAAUCUCCUCGAUGGUUGGCCAAGAUGGGGAUGAUGGAUGAGUUUGAGACUUCGUUGCAAGUGUUGAGGGGAUUUGACACUGAUAUAUCUGUUGAAGUACAUGAAAUCAAGAGAGCUGUGGCAUCAAAUGGAAAAAGAGUUACAAUCAGGUUUGCAGAUCUCAAGAGGAAAAGAUAUUGGUUCCCUUUAAUGGUAGGAAUUGGAUUACUUGUACUUCAGCAAUUGAGUGGUAUCAAUGGAGUUUUGUUCUAUUCAACUAGCAUCUUUGCAAAUGCAGGAAUUUCGUCCAGCAAUGCUGCUACCGUUGGACUUGGAGCUAUUCAGGUCAUUGCUACUGGAAUCGCUACUUGGUUGGUAGACAAAAGUGGUCGAAGGAUGCUCCUAAUAAUAUCCUCAUCUUUAAUGACAGCUAGCCUUCUCGUUGUUUCUAUAGCAUUCUAUCUCGAGGGAGUUGUAUCAAAGGAUUCUCCAUAUUUCAGCAUUUUGGGAAUAAUAUCCGUUGUUGGCCUUGUGGUUAUGGUAAUUGGGUUCUCUCUAGGACUUGGACCAAUCCCUUGGCUCAUAAUGUCUGAGAUACUUCCGGUGAAUAUAAAGGGACUUGCUGGUAGUAUAGCAACCAUGGCUAACUGGCUAGUUGCGUGGAUCAUCACAAUGACUGCGAACUUGCUUUUGACUUGGAGCAGUGGAGGGACAUUCACAAUCUACACAAUCGUAGCCGCUUUCACCGUUGCAUUUACAUCAAUGUGGGUACCUGAGACUAAGGGAAGAACAUUGGAAGAAAUUCAGUUUUCUUUAAGAUAAAGUAUGUUUUGGGAGAGCAUACCAGUAGUCUCUCAUGUUUAAAUGAAAUGAUGUUGUAUGAUAUCAUGUAUUUUUAGUCUUGUGUAUUGAUUAUGUUUUCUGUAGCAAAUGUAAGAAGGGAAACAUCAGUGCAUCUCUUAUUUAUUUUAUUUUACUGUACAAGCUGCUGUGGAAAAAAGAUAUAUGAUAAUAAAAUAAUGAGAAAGAAACUUGUUUUGUAGUCAUAA